UUAAGUGAAAACCAAAUGGAAGCGGAAGAAGAAGAAGACGCGCCACCAAACUUCUGGACGGAGAACGGUAGCCACCGCCGCCUCCGUCGAUCUUACUCGCUGUUUCUCAGCUCCGGUGCAGUUCUGAUAUGCGUUCUGGUGAUUGCACUUGCAUUCACGUUGGUCAUAAUUCCCACCAUCUUUUCCACGUUGCACGCAUUCCCUUACCAUCUUUUCAAACCCAAUUCCGUGAAGAAGAGUUGGGACUCCCUCAACUUUGUGCUUAUCAUCUUCGCUAUUCUCUGCGCCUUCCUCAGCAGGAACAACGCCGACGAGAGUUUCUCCGACACUCCACACAAGUACGAGAAACCAAACCCUACAACAACGCCACGGUGGUACGAGGAAACAGAUCGCACGUCCUACAAAUCGUAUAACAGGCUCAGGAGUUUCAACUCCUACCCGGAUCUCCGCCAAGAGUCGCCGUGGCUAGCCUCCGACGAACGGUGGCGAUUUUAUGAUGAUACGCACGUUAACGGUUAUUGUAGAUUUGACUUGGAGGAAGAGAGCGUCGUGAAAGUGGUAGAUAAAGAGGUUCCGCUGCUACCGGGGUCUCCACCACCAGUUCCGGCGGAGGAGAGGAGUGGGGAAAGUAAGAAUAAGGGAACAAGUGCAACAACUAAAGAGUUGUUGACUUCUUCGACGGGAAAGAAGAAGAAGAAGCGAACAAAGAACAGAAAAGGCAUUAUCAAAACAAAGGAACUCACGUUAAGCGAAAACCAAAUGGAAGCGGAAGAAGAAGAAGACGCGCCACCAAACUUCUGGACGGAGAACGGUAGCCACCGCCGCCUCCGUCGAUCUUACUCGCUGUUUCUCAGCUCCGGUGCAGUUCUGAUAUGCGUUCUGGUGAUUGCACUUGCAUUCACGUUGGUCAUAAUUCCCACCAUCUUUUCCACGUUGCACGCAUUCCCUUACCAUCUUUUCAAACCCAAUUCCGUGAAGAAGAGUUGGGACUCCCUCAACUUUGUGCUUAUCAUCUUCGCCAUUCUCUGCGCCUUCCUCAGCAGGAACAACGCCGACGAGAGUUUCUCCGACACUCCACACAAGUACGAGAAACCAAACCCUACAACAACGCCACGGUGGUACGAGGAAACAGAUCGCACGUCCUACAAAUCGUAUAACAGGCUCAGGAGUUUCAACUCCUACCCGGAUCUCCGCCAAGAGUCGCCGUGGCUAGCCUCCGACGAACGGUGGCGAUUUUAUGAUGAUACGCACGUUAACGGUUAUUGUAGAUUUGACUUGGAAGAAGAGAGCGUCGUGAAAGUGGUAGAUAAAGAGGUUCCGCUGCUACCGGGGUCUCCACCACCAGUUCCGGCGGAGGAGAGGAGUGGGGAAAGUAAGAAUAAGGGAACAAGUGCAACAACUAAAGAGUUGUUGACUUCUUCGACGGGAAAGAAGAAGAAGAAGAAACAAAGACAAGGAAGCUUUGAAAAUCUUAAUCGCAUUCGAAAUUCUGAACCUCAUUCACAUCCUCGAGUUUCCUCAGUUUUUCACAAUCUGUUUCCUUCUAAGAAAAGCAAGAGGAAGAAACUUGAGUCUGCUUCAUCGUCGCAUGUUUCAUCAUCCAAAACCGAACCAGUUCGUGGGAGUGUGGUCAGUUCCCUUAAAUCAAACAAGAAAGAGACUUUCUUGAAGGAAAAUGUGGCUGUUACUGGUAAGGAGUCACCUUUGAUCCCUAUACCUCCGCCUCCGCCGCCGCCGUUCAAUAUGCCGGCCUGGAAGUUCCGGGUGCAGGGUGACUUUGUUAGAAUAAACAGCCUUAGUAGCUCGAGUAGUGGUUCCCCAGAUUUAGAAGAUGAAGUUGUGGAGUCAGCAAGAAGUGAAGAUGGUGGAGAAUCUGCAAUCUUAUUGUUCUAUGAUCCUAGCCCUGAUGAUGUUGACACCAAAGCUGAUACUUUUAUUGAAAGGUUCAGAGCUGGUUUGAAAGCUGGACCCAGUUGAAUUUAAGGUGUAAAAUUGAUGGAUGCUAUGUCUUUAUUCUUUAAUUAGUUUAUAUUUUUGCUUUCUUUCUGAGAAUUGUCAUGAAGUGGUGUUUUUUGUUUUACCAUUUUUUAAUGUAUAUAUAGUUCUGCAUGUUGCGACUUUAUCAAAGUAAAACACUUUCUUUGAUACCAUCUGCGGUGAAACAACACAUCACCCUGCUCUGAUUGGUUUGCUUAGCAAAAGGUUAACACAGUUAAUAAGACAAUGGUUCCUUUGAAAAAGCAAUGCCUCUGAGGAGUGGAAAUAAUUGAGUAAA